AUGUUCUCGAUACGCUCAUUGACCCGAUCGGUUCCUCGAACCCUCUCCAGAUCCAUCGCCACGUCUGCUGCGAGACCUUUGCAGCGAUCUGCUUUCUUCCAACCAACAUGGAAGCUCAUGUCUCGCCCUUCAUAUGCUCCAUUCUCUACCUCAAGACCUAGAUUCGAGGCUGCUGGCCAAGUUGAUGUCGAGCUUGCGGCCAAGUUCCAGGAAGAGCUUGCUCUGGAGACCGAGAGCGGAGAAACCGAGGAACUCCCUGAGUCAGUCAAGUAUUUCCUUGACAAUGGCCCAUUUGAGAUCAUUGACAAGGCCGGAGAAGAAGAGGUCGUCUUGACCCGGAAGUUUGGUGAUGAAAACAUCCGCGUCUCUUUCACAAUUGCCGACCUCCAGAACAUCAACCCUGAAGAAGAUUUCGCCGACAGCGCCCUCCAAGAAGAGCUCGAGAUGGACCAAUCCCGCUCCAACAAGGACGCUUCUCCCGAGGAGAACAUUGAUGAGCAGCCCUUGGAACCUGGCUACCUUGCCCGCGUCGAUGUCACCAUUGAGAAGCCAGGCAAGGGAGCCAUGCACGUUGAUGCUGUUGCCCGUGACGGUUUGAUCCAGAUUGAGAACGUUUCCUACUUCUCCAAGGCUGAGCUCGCUACCGCCGAGACUCCCGAUAAGGAAUGGGAGCGCCAGAGCUUGUAUGCCGGCCCACCAUUCGGCAACUUGGACGAGGAGCUACAGACCCUCAUCGAGCGCUACCUUGAUGAGCGAGGUAUCGAUACCGCUCUUGCUUCCUUCGUUCCUGACUACAUUGACUUCAAGGAGCAGAGGGAAUACGUUCGCUGGCUUGGAAACCUCAAGGGCUUCGUUGGAAACAACUAA